GAGCUUUGGUGUCUAUAUGCCAGAACCAAAAUCGUUAGGUAGACUGGUAGAGUAUUGGAGGCUGUUGGUUGUUGGAGCAGUUGAACAUAACAGAAGAUAGCGAAAUGGAUUCUGCUCAGGUAGUGGCUGCUUUAAAAAUUAACUCCAGUUAAAUGACAAAUCGAUCUGUAAAAUUCACUUUCUUUGACAAGAGUGAUAAGUGAGAAAGGAACAUGAAAGACUCUGUGGGAAAUGUAAUACAGUUUCCUCUGAAGGGGAAAAUGCUUCACAUUGGCUAUGCAAGGUUUAAUUUUAAACCAGAGCUGUCUUCAAUCUGAAGUGUGGGUGUGAAGACUGGCAUGAACACAAGUGUGUUCAAGGAACCAAGAGGAGUUAUGCGCAUAUUGCAGUUUGUAUUUUCGAUAUGUGCAUUUGCAACCACUACAGGAUAUACUAACAAAGUUAGAGUUGAGUAUUCAUGCAACAGCAACAAUACUGGAAACUUUGAACUGGAUAUCUCCUAUCCAUUUAGGUUAGAUCGUGAAGGUACAACUGUGCCAUGUGACCCACCAUUAGAUUUUUAUUUGCUUGGAAAUUCAUCAUCAGAUGCCCAGUUCUUUGUUGCUGCUGGUGUUUUGGCAUUCAUCUACUGCAUCUUGAUUACUGUGGUGUACGUGCUGUUUGAUGCUAUGUACCAAAGCAAUGAUCAUCUGCCACGUGCUGAUUUUGUUGCCACUGUUGUUUUAGCUGUAUUGUGGUUGUCUGGAAGUGCUGCUUGGGCUAAUGGACUAAGUCAGAUAAAGAUGGCUACAAACCCUUCUUUCCUUACUAGCUUUUGCAAACAAAUUACCUGUUCAGUAUCUGUUGGUGGCAGCUUCUCAAGUCUUGAUAUAUCUAUUAUUCUUGGAUUUCUGAAUUUUUUCCUUUGGGCAUCAGAUUUGUGGUUCCUAUACAAGGAAACUUCUUGGUUCAAAAUGAAGCAGAGCAGCCCAAAUAUGGCAGCUACAGCGUAAUUGGAAAAUAAAGUCUGCAACACAAAUCAAAUCUACAUAAUAUCUUCUUCUAUUCAGAGUAUAGACUGCUUUUUAUGUUCAGUCAAAAAGUCAGCCAGUUGCUAUUGAACAAUAAUUUAUUUGUUUUACUGUAGUAUUAUUGAGUAAUAGAAUUUUUUUGUACUUUUGCAUCCUUCUAUGGCAAGUGGCAGUGUUCUCUCUCCAGUACGUACGUGAAGAAAUUUGAAGGACAUAUCUUAAUAAGAAUAAUACCUCAGAAUUAUUUAUGGGUUAAUUCUUUUUAUUGAUUCUCUACUAAAUAUUUGUGUCCUAUCAUUCAGAAACAGGACCUUGGAAUCAAGUAUUUUUGCUGGGGGGGAAAGUUCUUGCAAUAUGGUCCUAGUUAAGUUUUCUGGAAUAUCACUUACUUUUUCUAUUUUAUGUAUGAACAUACACAUUAUGUCAAUUAUUAAAUCCAUAUCUGUAACGCUAUAGUGGUUGCCCAUGUGCUGAAACAUAUGGAGCUGUCAUAUUUCCUGUCAUGGAUUUUAAUAGGUACUUACAAUGUAACACCAAUUCUUUUUUUUAAAAAAAAAAUAUCCGUGUUUUGGAUUGUGCGUUCUUCAGUAUUUGUAUAUACAAUGCAGUAACUAUAAGCUUCAAAUAGUUGUGGAAAAUACUGCACUAAUAGAAACAUAGAAACAGGAGACACACACACACACACACACACACACACACACUCUCUCUCUCUCUCUCUCUCUCUCUCUCUCUCUCUCUCUCUCUCUUUCAUUGUUGAAAUAAGAUAUAGAAGAAGAUGCAUACUUAUUUCUCAUAUUAAAUUAGAUUGAAGUACAUUGCUUGUUUUUAUUCACAUUUUGUCCCUGUAUUUAUAUUCCAAAAGGCACAAAACUUCCAUGUCAACUCUGCAAUUAAUUGUAUGACCUCAGUAGUAAUAAAAUUAAGGCAGUCAGUAUGACAGAAGUGACCAUUUUGUAAAAAAAAAAAAUUCUAUCGAUUGCAUAUGUUAAUAUGGUGCCACUAUUGCCUGUGUUCAUGGUGUUAACUGCAAUCGGGCUUCUAUAUUAAUUUGUGUGAUGGCUUUUUAUACAAAGAGAGAUUGCAUACAACAAAUAUGUUACAUAAAAAUGGAAAAAGUAGUGCAGAUAUUUUGGUCUAUCAAAGGCUGAAAGACAUUUGUUAAAGAAACCACAGCUAUUGGUAUUACUUUGACAAUGUACUUGGGCAUACGGUAGUGAUAGGUUUUACAUUUCAUAUGUAGCACUGCCAAAUCAAAACUAGAAAGAUAAGCAUGGUAUAUUAAUCAAAAGCAAAUCCAUACAGAUAAGCUUAUAGGAUGUGCUCUUGAAGGGAGAAAAUAGUGUGUGGCAUGGGACUGAAAUUUUCAGUUCCAACAAUGUAUAUAUUGCACUGUAUUGCAGAAAAGGUUCAUUGUUUAUUUUUGGUAAAUCAUCUUAGUGUAUUUUUUAGGAACCUUCUGCCUUGAAAUCUCAUUUGUCUCCUUGACAGAGUUUUAAUUCCAAUGGGAGUGAAUUAAAAUCUUCUUUAAAAUACCCGUGGCCUUGUAAAUAUCACACAGAUUCCAAAUGCCCUGUUGGUGAAUUGUACUAUUGCUUUACUGCUCUAUAACAUCUUUAGUGUUUGUAAGAUAAUACUAUGUUGGUCACUUGGAGAAUCAAAAAUGUUUUGUUUCUAAAGGGAACUGUGAUAUGUGUUGGUAAUUACACAAGAGGGUAUCUUUUGUAUUAGAUGUUUUAAGUUAAAAAAUCUAGUAAGAACACAAACUGGGCACAGCCUCAAGAUGAAUUGUAUCAAACUUGGAUUUUACAUUAUUUAAUACUGUUAAAUGCUAGAGUCUUGUUUGUAAAUAAUAAAUUUUGCCCUUAAAGUACAUUACUAGUCAAUUUAUUGCUGUUAAACUGUGUUUAGUGUACUUACCUACUUUGUUACUUUGAGUGUUUUUAUUAGUGAUAGCUUUUAUAUUUUAUUAUACAAGAAAUGUCAGUUCAAAAGUACAUCAGAGAUCUAUUUAUUUGUGGUUCACAAGUGAUAGUCAUCAACAAAAAUGUAUUGUUUGGAUGAAUAUUGAACAAUAUUUUUCUAUGAGAAUACAUGAUUGUCACUUGCAAACCAAAAAUUUUGAGUUCUGUAUAUCGAGUAAAAAUUUUGUUGGGCACUUAAUGUGCUAUGCAACACGCAUUAACAGGUUGUUACAUUGAAUGUCCAUUUGUCUUCCAAAUAUUGGAAUCUGUGAUCAGUGUGGCCAUUUUCUCUCUCUCUCUCUCUCUCUCUCUCUCUGUGUGUGUGUGUGUGUGUGUGUGUGUGUGUGUGUGUGUGUGUGUGUGUGUGUGUGUGUGCGCGCGCGCGUGCGCAAAUGAACUGUGUAUAUUUUAUGUAGCAUUUGCAGUGUCAUUCGUGUCAUUAAAACUGUUGAAAGAAUCUUAAAGUUUCUGAAUAUUUUUUAUGCCACAGAGCAUGUGGAUUGCUUUAGUAUUGGUGGUGCUUCCUAAUUAUGUCUUAGAAUGGUGAA